AGUGGCCGAAACCCCACAUAGAGGAAACGGGUGUACAUACGAGUCAUACCGAGCAUAGCCUGCGUGUCAGGGCAGUCUACUUACAGCUGGCUGUGAGGAGAUCUGGCGCAACCCCUUUGUCCCCCCAAAAAAUCUUUUAUUUUUAUUUUCACUCUCACUAUUGGAAAAGUUUUAAAAGUGUUUUCUCACUUUUAUCCCGGCAGUUAUUUUAUUCUUUGUCGCGUCGGAGCGCAUAACUCUGAUAUAGGCUGUUAGCCCACUCUGAAAAAAGUUAAAGGCUGGGCCUUUAGCUUUAGGACACGAAUUCGUAAGAAUCGGACCGGUCGCACCAUUUCUCCCCCUGCCUCGAUUGAAAGCAAAAAAGCUGGUCUUUUUGCUGGCCCGAUAAAUGCUUCUUACGAAGAUGGACCUGUUGAACUAUCAGUACUUGGACAAAAUGAACAACAACAUCGGCAUACUUUGCUACGAAGGCGAAGCGGCCCUGAGAGGGGAGCCCAGGAUGCAGCCCAUGUCCCUCUCCUCGGCGGUCAGCAACCACCGGACCGGCCCCCCUCCCAUCAGCCCCAGCAAGCGCAAGCACAGCGGGGACCAAGCCCACGACAGCCUGGACUGCAGCAAUGAGCACGUGGCCAAGAUGAGCCGCCUGUUCGCCGCACAGUUAGGUAAGCCAACCAACGGGGACUACCGCAAGGACCCUCGUGAGCGCAGCCGCAGCCCCCCGGAGCGAGUCUCCGUGCCGGCCGUGAGUUUGCACGCCGGGUCCCUGUACGGCCACAUGCCCAGCCUGCCCAUGGACCAGCCCCUCGCACUGACCAAACACAGCCUGGACGCUGCCCGCACGCUCGCCCUCUCCCCCAACGUCAGCCCCAUCGAGCGGCAGCAGAACCGGCCCUCUGUGAUCACCUGUGCCCCGGCGAACAACCGCAACUGUAACCUCUCCCACUGCACUGUCUCCCACAACGGCUGCUCCUCUGGCCUGGCCUCCAGCUACAGGAGACCCUCCAGCUCUAACAGCACGGCCUGUGACCCUGUGAUCGAGGAGCACUUCCGCCGCAGCCUGGGCAAGAACUACAAGGCCGAGGCGGAGCCGGUGACCAACUCGGUGUCCAUCACCGGCUCGGUGGACGACCACUUUGCCAAGGCGCUGGGCGAGACCUGGCUCCAGAUCAAGGCCAAGGGCGGCUCCACGGGCAGCCCCGAGUCCUCCCCCAGCAGCCACAUGCUCAGCCACAGCCACUCCCCCUCCGUCAUCUCCUGAGAAGAGGAGCAGAGCCCGCCCCGCCCCGCCCCGCCCCCUGAACCCUGGAGCCCCCAGCCCAAUGAGCCUUUGCUUCUGACAAAGCACGCGUGCAUGUGUUAGCCCAGAGCUGGACAGCAUUGCUAGUGUAGAGCUGUGUACAUAAGACAGAGGGGAAAACGGAGGUGCUUCAUCUGUCAUUUUUGUAUGUUUUUCUUUUUUUUGUGUGUGUUUUUAUUUUACUUGUCUCUUGCCUUUACUUUUUAUUUCUUUUUAAGUAUGUUUGCCUUCAUUUGCUUGGCAUAUGCAUUGCCCACAGUGUAAAAAAAAAGAAAACAUGCUUGAACCAUUUUGUUUUGAGCUGGGUGUUAGCAGCUUGCAUCUUAAUGACCUGCUUGAGUUACCAAAGAACCUUCUGAUGCAAACCUUUAGUCUGUUGAAGAACAAGCAGUUCUUUCAUGGCACCCCUCCGAAUAUUUGAUCUGGACUUCUGGUUGUCCUGCACCACCUCCCCAUGUGCAGUCCUGUGCACUCUCCACUCUCCCCCUGCUGUGCCUGUGUGUGCUUGAACAAGAAGGACUGGUCUGAUUUGCACUAUUGAUGGAGGGACUGAGAUGACAUGUUGUUGUCAACACGGAGAGUGAUAUUUCAUGUUCAAAAUUUGAUAGGAUUCUUUCCUCCUUUUUGAAGUUUUAUUUCUGUUAAAAAUCAUACCAAACAUUGAGAGUGCCGACUGCCCUGGUUUGGUGGUGCAUCAUCACAGCAGACGUUGCAGGGAAAGGAAAGGUGAUUAAUCAAGCCAUCUCGUACUUCAGAGAAUUGUUUUUGUCUGGUUGGUGCCAACAACUGGACUGUGUUUUCUACACAUGGGCAUUUUGGAAUCCUUUUGGACGUGUGUGUUCCCCAGGCACUGUGGUUUUGGUAGAGUAGCUAUGGUUUGAAGGGUAAAACUAGUGCUUACUGAUGCAUGUUUGAAAUAGCUGGUAUCUAUUGUUUAGACAUUUCAAUCUUCAUUCUUUUAUUAGCCUUUUUCAGAUGUUUAGUUCUAUUUUUGUCAGUAACAGUCUAGAUAAACUUACUGCUGGUACAGUUGUACUCAAUAUUUUUUAUUCAAUAUUCAUUAUGGUAGCAGCCAGCAUCAAAGGAUGGCCUCCGGACAGGUCUUCCAUGUUAUUAACGGUUGGAUUUUUAUAUCUUAUUAAUCCACGGUACAGGAUGCUAUCACAUUUUGCAUGACUGAAAUAAGAUGAACACUAGCAGCUGUGGACAGGUCAGCCCCCUGAGAGUUCUCGAGCUCCCGGGGAAAAGAAGACAUGUGUCGAGACGUGUUCAUUUCUCCUUUUGUUCUGUAGACGUCUUUUAUCGACUUCUCUUAAUUUCGCAACAGUUGCCUGCAGCUGUGGAGACCUCUGACGUGUCUUUUUCUUUUCAACCUGUACCAAGGCGAAAUACAUUCCUCCUACAAGGAACCUAGUACAGGUGUUGCAUUUGUGUCUCAAUUACAGUAUAACUACUAACAACGAACAUAAGUGAUAUGUGGUAAGGAGGUGCUAGAAACUUGGAGAGGCACGGAUAUACGCACUGCCCAUUUUAAACGUAUCUUUCCCUUAAACCGUAUGUCCUGACAUUCCAUCAUCCCAGUUGACCCCAUUGGCCACAGCUAAAUUCAGCCAAUCACGUUAUGUUUGAAGAGAGUAACAGUAGCUGCUAGACAGCAAGUGUUUGCUUCACGUAAGAGCAUUGACAUACGCAGAAGUGAAAGUAAAAAAAUACUCCACAAAGAAAAACAGUUAAUUUUGUAUUUUUCUAUGUAUGUAGUUGACACAUGAAAAUGUUGUGUAUUGCAUAGUAGGCCAUGUUAAAUCUUCCUACUUCAGUAUGCAUGUAUACAGAGGGAAAGGGAAUUGUGUCCCUAGGUCAUUAUGUACACAUUUCACCAUGUUUUUGUUUUGUUUUAAACUAGACUCAUUUUCAGCUUUGGCACACAGUACCCUACACACUGUAGGAGAAUCACUUAAAGAAAAAAAAAACUUUUUAUAUAGGUAACUAUAAGACCAUCAUUACGCUGUGCGUAACGAAUGUACAGAGAACAGAAAAAUCGUAGUCAUAUUUUUUGAGGAACAAUUAAUUUGUUAAUGAUAUGUAGCUAUUUAAUUUUUCCCUGUCCUUUUAUUGUAAUCGUGCAUUAUUAUUAUUAUUUUUUGUUUUUCUGAAAAAAGUUGAUCUUUUUCGUUUGUAGAUUUGUCUGUAAAAGGUUAAGUGCAGGAACACAGUUUAUUCUAUGAGAACAGGGCGUGUAUUGCGCCACAGCCACUCCUGUAUUAGCGCUGAAGGCUACUGUGCAGUCUAAACAACAGCACCCUAUUCCCACCCCACCCCCAACACACACACACACCUCAGAACAAACAUGUCCAUCUUACGAGUGCACAAGCACAGAUGGGCCUCAUCCACUCAUAGCUGACUGUUUGGGAAUAAAAAUGCCUAUUGUCCUUACUUAAGCAGUAGAUCUGGAGCAGGUGAGGAGGGGGGAAAAACAAAGACAAAAUUACACAAAACUUUACACGUACAAUUUCUCACUUGGAAGCAGCAUGUUGUGUUCUUCCUCUGACAACUGAGUCUGUUUGUAAAUCUGUAUUAUAUCCUCAUUUUGUGGCCUUUUUACCUUCAAAUAAAAAAGGUUUUGGCAGGCCACCUUUUUGUACUUAAAGUAGCCUUGACGAACAAUAAAGUGCUCUUAAACCACAA